AUGCCUCCCAAACUUAAAAAUAAAAGAGGAUGGAAUUUUAUAAGAUCUGUGGCAAGUACUUUGAAUCUUCCUGACUGUGAAAAGAUAUCCCCUGAUACUAAAUCUCUGGCAAGUACUUUGAAUCUUCCUGACGAUUGUGAAAAGAUAUCCUCUGAUACUAAAUCUCUUGCAAGUACUUUGGAUCUUCCUGACGAUUGUGAAAAGAUAUCAUCUGAUACUAAAUCUCUGGCAAGUACUUUGAAUCUUCCUGACGAUUGUGAAAAGAUAUCCUCUGAUACUAAGAAAAUAAACAUUGCCUUUAGUUGUAAUACACCAAGGAAAAGAAGAGAUUCGUCAGAUACUGAUGAUAGUUUACCAGAUUUAGAAAUCGAGAGAGUUCGUUUAGCCGGUUCAUACGAUCCCAACUUAAAGAAUAUAUCUGGAAGAAGAAUUGUUAAUAUAAGUCAUUUUGUAGCUCAAGUAAGAUCUCUUGAAAGUCAUGAGUGUCAUGUUAAGAAGACUGGAUAUUUGGCCUAUGAUAGGGAAGUUCAUGUAGGUCUUAAUUCAAAACUAUUUUUUAAAUGCCUAGCAUGUGGUCUUCAAAAAUCCAUUACAACAAAUAAUGAACAAACCGAUGGCAACAUUAAUCUUUUGGCAACUUGGGGAACGUUAUCAACUGGAAAAGGUCACUAUUCGUUAGAGGAAAGUCUCUCGCUUUUGAAUAUUCGACCUUUAGAUUUGAAGACCUUCCAAAAAUAUCAAAAUGAAAUAGGAGAUUCAUGGUUUGAUUGUUUGACUGAUUCUAUUCAAGAUGCUGGAAAAGAAGAAUAUCAAUGGGCAGUUGAAACAAAAAAUAUAUUGAAUGACAAAAAAAUAGGACAAUGUUGUGUUAUAGUCGACGGUGGGUGGAGUCACCGGUCCUAUGGACACAAAUAUACGUCUAAUUCUGGAGUAGCUUGCAUAAUUGGUGCUCAUACAAAAAAAUUAUUAUUUGUAGGAAUACGCAACAAAUAUUGUUGCAUUUGCGCUAUAGCACAGCGUAAACACUUGAAAGCCCCAACACACACAUGCUACAAGAAUUGGAGUGGAUCGUCGCCAGCCAUGGAAGCGGAUAUAAUAGUUGAAGGUUUUCUAAAAAGUGAAAAAAUGCACAACCUCCAGUACACAACCUUUAUUGGUGAUGGUGAUUCGAGUGUGCAUACAAAAAUUUUGGAAAAUGUCCCUUAUUCUCGUAAGAUAAAAAAAAUAGAAUGUGCUAAUCACCUCACCAAAAAUUUAACAAAACAUCUUCAUGAAUUAGCCAAAGAAUCAGCACUAAAUCGAAAAAUACUUUCCAGCUCUAGAAUUUCUUUUAUUGGAAAAUCAUGUAGAAAACUCAUAUCUUUACAUGCGAGGAAACCAAACUCUUCUGUACAAGAAUUACAAUCUGAUCUUCGUAACGUUACGGAUCAUGUUUUUGGGGAACACACAAAUUGUAGAACAGAAUUCUGUAUAAAAAGUGGUGAGACUAAUUCAGAAAAUAUAUUUAGGAAAGCACCCACAGAAACACGACUCCGAAUAUUAAGAAUUGUCGGAAAUUUUUCUGCAAAAUCAGAGAGUCUCAUUACAGAUUCGACUAGUAAUAAAGCGGAACAAUUUAUGCGUCAAGUAGCUAAAUUUAAUAGCGCAAAGCAGACAUUUUAUGGACGAAGGAAUAGUUUUAACAUAAGAUGCUAUGGUGCUGCUUUAGCGUAUCAAUUCGGUCCAAGUUGCUUUCUUAAAGUAUACAGAAAGAAAUUUGGUAAAACUCCAUCAGUGACCUUAAAACGUUUAGUACAGAAAAGAUUAAAAGUUAGAGACAUUAAUCGUCCAAAAAGAAGAUUAUUUAAAAACUGUACUAAAAUAUCGAAUAGCAAACUGACAGAUUAUGGCCUUCAGUGCCAAAAACCUGAUUUGCCAAACAUAGAAAUUCAGGCAUUAAUUAAACAGCAAAUUCAGGCGUUACAAGUCACUCCUGAAACUGCUGUAGAAAUUGAGAAGUCGACUAGAGGCCAAACAGAAAAUCCUAAAUGGUUUGAGGAGAGACAAUCUCGUCUUACAGCAUCAACCUUUGGUGAAAUUUGCAAAAGAAGAAUUAAUCAUGGCAAGCUGGUUCAUUCAAUUCUAUACAAACCUUUACCACGGCUAAAAGCUCUGGAAUACGGAAAAAUAAAUGAAUCAGUAGCAAUUGAAGCCUAUGUACGUCAAACAAAAAAUAGUGUUAUUCAAUGCGGUUUUUUUGUGUGUGUGGACAAGGGUUUUGGUUUCUUCGGAGCUUCUCCCGAUGGUUUAGUGAAUGACGAUAAAAUAAUUGAAGUCAAAUGUCCUUAUUCCGCUCGAGAAUAUACACCACUAGAUGCUGCUAAUCAAUUAAAAAAUGUUUACUGUAAUGUAAAUAAAGAUGGAAAAACACCAUGGAUCAUAAAUGAAACGGAAUUGGAGAAUGUGAUAUUACAAGAGGAGCUACUCGGGCUUAGCAUUAAUGAGGAGCUGAAAGUGACAUUUAAAAGAGGGUAUCAAAAAAUUUGGCUGCAGGCAGAAAUAUCCGAAAAAUAUCCUGGACUGUGGGGAAUUGUGCAAAAGCAUCUGAUAGUGUUUCCCUCGUCAUAUCUCGUCAAAAAAAGUGUUAGUGCCGUUACAAACUUAUUAAAAAAAAAAGGAGCAGAUUGA